GUGCACAGCUCAGCUAGCCAGAGUGGCUGAGACAUCCGUUCCCUUACAAGAACCAUCCUGCAUCGAGGAACAUGGAUUAUGAAACAUCGAGUCCAUACUAUGACAUUGAAUACGAGCUCUCAGAGCCCUGCCACAAAGCCGACGUGAGGCAAAUCGCAGCCAGGCUCCUGCCCCCGCUCUACUCCCUCGUGUUCAUCUUCGGCUUCCCGGGCAACCUGCUGGUCAUCCUCAUCCUCAUCAACUGCAAAAAGCUGAAGAGCAUGACCGACAUCUACCUGCUCAACCUGGCCAUCUCCGACCUGCUCUUCCUCCUCACUCUUCCAUUCUGGGCCUACUAUGCUGCAGACCAGUGGGUUUUUGGAAACAGAAUGUGUCAAUUUCUGACCGGGAUCUAUCACAUAGGCUUCUUCACCGGGAUCUUCUUUAUCAUCCUUCUGACCAUUGAUAGGUACCUGGCUAUCGUCCAUGCCGUGUUUGCUUUAAAGGCCAGGACAGUCCUCUUUGGGGUGGUGACAAGCGCAGUCACCUGGGUACUGGCUGUGCUGGUCUCUGUCCCAGGGAUCAUCUUUAGCAGAUCCCAAAAAGAGGGUUCGCGUUUUACGUGUAGCCCUCAUUUUCCACCCAAUCAUUAUCGCUUCUGGAAGAACUUCCAGACAUUGAAGAUGAAUCUCUUGGGCCUGGUCCUGCCCCUCCUCGUCAUGAUCAUCUGCUACUCAGCCAUCCUCGAGACCAUCCUCCGGUGUCGGAGUGAGAAGAAGCACAAGGCCGUGAAGCUCAUUUUCGUGAUCAUGAUUGUUUACUUUCUUUUCUGGGCCCCCAACAACAUCGUCCUCCUCCUGAGCACCUUCCCGGAUUCCUUUGGCCUCAAUAAUUGCAGUAGUUCCAACAGGCUGGACCAAGCCAUGCAGGUGACGGAGACUCUGGGCAUGACACAUUGCUGCAUCAACCCCAUCAUCUACGCCUUCGUUGGGGAGAAGUUCAGAAGCUACCUCUUCCAGUUUUUCCGAAAGCACAUUGUCAGGCACUUCUGCAAACACUGUCCUUUCUUCCAAGGAGAGACCCCCGACAGAGCAAGCUCAGUUUACACCCGAUCCACUGGAGAGCAGGAAAUCUCUGUUGGCUUGUGACCUGGACCAGGUGUUUGUACACAGCCUGGGGGCGGGAGCAAUUCUUUUAAAAAGGAAGUGACUGUCAUAGAGGGUCUAAGAGCCAUCCAUGCGUCUGGCAUCUGAGUAUAUCAUAUCACUCGAGACUGUCACUUCCAGAAAGCCGAAUCAAUACAUGUCGAUGAUAGGGCAAACCUCCUCCCUUCCCCCCGCCCCCCUGCCCUGCAUAUGACAAUUUAUUGACAAACUCCCCCUUUGCUGCAAAAGUUUACUAUAAAAAAAAAAAAAAAAGAUCCUCAGGGAACUCCUAAUUCUUGAGCUUGGUUACCUAGACAAGAACAAUAAAAGUAAUCAGGAUGCAUAUUGUACAGUGUCUGACCUGCUCGAGGCCACAGGUGCCGGUUGUAAGUGUGCUGAAAGCAGGUGCUUGGGAUGAUACGUUAAGAAAUGAGCCCUUCCAAGAGUGAUCUCCCCGCCAAGGUGUGGUUGGUAAGUUCCACAGGCGAUCAAAAUGGGGUGAGAGCUGGGAAGGCUUCUUCAGGGAGAAGGGGAGUGGUGGGAGGAAGGCUGAGGGCCAGGCUGCAGACCCCGCACAUGUGCGGGGUGGCUCUGCGGUGGGAGGUCAGCAGUGGCCGGGGAAAGGAUGAGUGAGCCUGGACCGUGGGAAGCGUGCACAGCACUGCUUGUCAAAGCCAGAGCAGAGCCGGGAGACUCCCAGGCACCGCAGCAGAGAGCUCAUUGCACGGCAGAAGGGUGGCCUAGAAAGACGAACUUUUAGGUCAGGUGAGGCAAGGAGUCUUCCAUGCAGGUCCAGACACCAGGGAUGGUGGCACCUUCUCCGCAUGUAGGGAGAGAGACAGCAGGACUUGGGGUGGACAGGGGUUGGAGGUGAGGAGCCGUGGGGAGGCAGAGGGAACCUCUAGGCUUCAAGCACGCAGACUGGAGACCCCCUUAAGGAAGUCCUCAGGCAUGGAAAGGGGACAAGGUUUGCAUCAAAACCAGGAGGGGCUGGUUGAAGAGGAAGGGUCUGGUUGUGCAGGCUUGAACACAGCCUUCUGUUGACAGAAGCAGAACUGCCCCUCGGUGGCUGCUCCUGCCUUCGGAGUUGUCCAUUCCGUCACAGCCCCAACAGUAGGGCAUCUCCAGGAGACUUGGAAACACUAGGUUUAGGAAACACGUGGGUCUGAGGGCAGGAGCACUUUCACAUCAGAUGUGACAUCCAGGUGAGGACUGAUUGUGUAGGUAAUGAGCACGCAGGGCUUUACAAGCAUUAAGCAAAGAAGCCCCGGAGAUGGGAGGGAAGCCAGGAUGACUAAGUUUCUGCCCACCUGGAACACACUAGAGUUAAGUCUCAGUGGGCAGAAGGCAGAAGGAACAGCCAGAUUCAUUUGGAAACAGGCCGCCUCCAGCUGACUCACCUCCAAGAAACACAGUUUUAUGGAACUUUCUGUUUCAGGCUGAGUGUGGUGGCUUGGGACACUCCUUUCGAUGCCUUCUCUGGACACAUCGCAACCCCGAACACUAAGGGAUCUGUUCCUUUCAAAGAGAAGGUCAUGAUUUCAUGUUUGGCAGUUGCUACUUGUUUGGUACAUGCCCAAGAUUGUUUUGAAUUUGGGGAGCAGCUAAGACCAUUUGGGAAAGAUUAGGUGAGGAAACAUAAGAGCAGUGAGACUCACUCAAGAGACUAAGGUAUCAGAAUAAUAAGAGGUGCUACUGAUUUUUCUCAGCUCUGAGAUAUGACCUUGAGAGCAUGGGUGUCAAUGGGGAGCAACCGGAAGUGCUCUUAAGGUUGUUUCAAGGGUAUAAAUAUCAUAUGACCCUAGCCUCUGGGUCAACUCAAAGACACUCUGAUAUCUUUGUAUAUGUAUGUAUAUCAUGUAUGAUAUGGUAUAUCUUAUGUAUAUACAAAUUUACAAAUUGCUUGUAAGAAAACCCUUACCUAAUAAAAACCACACUGUAAAAUAA